CCGACUCCGCUGCUGACGUGUUUACAAAAACUUGUAUUAUUUUGUUUCUAAAUUCCAACUAAAUCUUAUUAUAUUUUCACAAAUAUUACAUUUAUUCUCAAAUUGUCUUCCUUGUUGUCAAAUUUAAUUUAUUAAGGUACAACAUGAGGAAACUCAAGGGUCCAGUAAAGGAAACUGCUCGCCAAAAGCGCGAGAGGAAGCAAGAAUUUGCGAAAAUGCGUCAACAAAUUCAUACAAUAGUCCUUCCCACUGUCGCGGUUGUUUUCAUAUUGAUAUGUGUUUAUGUUUAUUUAAAGACGAGACCCUCUUCAAUGCAAGUUGCCUAGAUUUAUUUAUAUACUUUUAUAUGUAUUUAAAAAUAUAUAUGCCCAUAUAUUAUGUACAUAAAGAAUAUUCAUAUUAAUAAUAUAAAGUAAGUGGUUGUGAAAAAGAUUGAUCUUCCAGUUUAUUUAUUUGUUACAUUCCUUAAAAACAUAUCAAUUGUAAAUAUUAGGAUUUUACAAUGUAUUUUAUUAUAUGAAUGCUGUUGAUUAAUAAAUAAUAAAUACUGACAAGUAAAGUAUUUCCACAAAGUGUUUAGUGAAAAUGAAAAGUGUCUUGAAUCUUUGUAAAUGCAUACUAUAAGAUUUACAAAAGUAUUAACUGAAAUAUAUUAUUGAAACACUA